AUGAGCCGCAGCCCGCCGCGAGCCCUGCCCCCGGGCGCGCCCCCCCGGCUGCUCCCGGCCGCGCCUGCAGCCGCGCCGCGCGCCCUGCUCUCGCCGUGGCCCCGGCGCCCGGGCCGUCGCUGGCCCGCGUCCCCGCUCGGAAUGAAGGUGUUCCGCAGGAAGGCGCUGGUGCUGUGCGCGGGCUACGCGCUGCUGCUGGUGCUCACCAUGCUCAACCUCCUGGACUACAAGUGGCACAAGGAGCCGCUGCAGCAGUGCGGCCCCGACGGGCCGCCGGGCGCCGCGGCGGGGGCUGCUGGGGGCGGCUGGGGGCGCCCGGGCCCCCCCCCGGCGGCGCCGCCCCGCGCACACACCCGCCUGGACCCCCGUACUCCGUACCGCCCUCCUGCCGCCGUCGGGGCGGCCCCCGCCGCUGCAGCCGCCGCAGCCGCCGCCGCAGCCGCAGCCGCCGCCGCAGCAGCCGGGGCCGCGGGGGCCGCGGGGGCCGGGGGGGCCGGGGCCCCUCCCCGCAAUGGCACUCGGGGCCCCGGGGCUGGCGGAGACAAGAGGCAGUUGGUGUACGUGUUCACCACGUGGCGCUCGGGCUCAUCGUUCUUCGGUGAGCUCUUCAACCAGAACCCCGAGGUGUUCUUCCUCUACGAGCCGGUGUGGCACGUGUGGCAAAAACUGUACCCGGGGGACGCGGUUUCCCUGCAAGGGGCCGCGCGGGACAUGCUGAGCGCGCUCUACCGCUGCGACCUCUCGGUCUUCCAGCUGUACAGCCCCGCGGGCAGCGGGGGGCGCAACCUCACCACGCUGGGCAUUUUCGGGGCGGCCACCAACAAGGUGGUGUGCUCGUCGCCGCUCUGCCCCGCCUACCAAGAGGUCGUGGGGCUGGUGGACGACCGCGUGUGCAAGAAGUGCCCGCCGCAGCGCCUGGCGCGCUUCGAGGAGGAGUGCCGCAAGUACCGCACGCUGGUCAUCAAGGGCGUGCGUGUCUUCGACGUGGCCGUGUUGGCGCCGCUGCUGCGCGACCCUGCCUUGGACCUCAAGGUCAUCCACCUGGUGCGCGAUCCGCGCGCCGUGGCCUCCUCGCGCAUCCGCUCGCGCCACGGGCUCAUCCGCGAGAGCCUCCAGGUGGUGCGCAGCCGGGACCCGCGAGCCCACCGCAUGCCCUUCCUGGAGGCCGCCGGCCACAAGCUGGGCGUCAAGAAGGAGGGCGUGGGCGGCCCGGCGGACUACCACGCGCUCGGCGCGAUGGAGGUGAUCUGCAACAGCAUGGCCAAGACGCUGCAGACGGCGCUGCAGCCCCCCGACUGGCUGCAGGGCCACUACCUGGUAGUGCGGUACGAGGACCUGGUGGGAGACCCCGUCAAGACCCUGCGGCGGGUGUACGACUUUGUGGGGCUGCUGGUGAGCCCCGAAAUGGAGCAGUUCGCCCUCAACAUGACCAGCGGCUCGGGCUCCUCCUCCAAGCCUUUCGUGGUGUCGGCGCGCAAUGCCACGCAGGCCGCCAACGCCUGGCGGACGGCCCUCACCUUCCAGCAGAUCAAGCAGGUGGAGGAGUUUUGCUACCAGCCCAUGGCGGUGCUGGGCUACGAGCGGGUCAAUAGCCCCGAGGAGGUCAAAGACCUCAGUAAGACCCUGCUCCGGAAGCCCCGGCUCUGAGAGGGUUUCCUGGGAGACCCGACUCCCUGUGGAGACAACACCCACGGGAGGACUGUGGUGUAUUUAAACAAAACAGCCGAGACCCAAAACUGAGGAAGCCCACAUAUUCUAUUAUAGAUAUAUAAUAUAAAUAACCACACAGGCACUUGCUGUCAAUGUUUUGAGUCAUUGAAUUUCAAGGAACAGCCACAAUACACACCCAUCUCAGAAAAGGCAAGACUUGAAAGUUCUGACCCGCUCCCCUCCUCUCCACUCCCCUGCCUUUCCUCCCCUCUCCUCCCCUCUCCUCCCCUCUCUCCUACCCGCCUUCCGCUUUGAAGUGGGAUGUUGAUUCCAUCAAGGCCCAGUCCCCUAAAUCUUGUUUACAAAACGUUCGUGGUAUCUGUGAACAUGUAAAAGAGUAAUUUGGAUGUGAGGGGUGGGGUGGAGAAAGGAGAAGUCGUCCAGGAGCUCAGAGCUCCCGAUUGGGCAUGAUAAACCGAGGAGGCAUUCUUCUAAAAGUAGAUUGUGUUAAAAAAAAAAAAAAAAAAGCAAAGGUUAUUCGUGAGUAUUAAUAAAAAAAAAGAUAAUAAAUAAUAUUCUUUUUACUAUCUGCCUCCAUUACUUUGGGUUUACCUGUGCAGCUUCAGACGGAAUUUGCUUCCCCUCCCCCGACCCCCUUUUCCCAGUCUGUUUCCUAGAAAACCCGCUGAGAUGGGUGGGAGCAGCUUCUGACUCCUCCAUAAGAACCUUGGAGUUGUUUUCUCACAUGUAAAUCACAGCCUGUCAGGUGCGCAGGAAUGGGAACAAACCUUCAAAUUCUAAAGGCAAAAAAACCCCCCAAGCGAGGCAGUGGAGGGAAAAGCUCCCACUACUUUCCUGUUGCACUUUGAGCUCAGAAAGGAAGAAGCGACCCCCCUUGGGGAUUUGCAGGCAUUCGGUUUUGAUUACUGUUCAGUUAAGACUGGGGAACCUUGAAGCAGAGACCUGUUUUGGUUCUGAGCUUAGUUCAGAAAAAGGAUUUUUUUUUUUUUUGAAGAAAAGUCUAUAAAGAACAAAAAAUUCUACUGAUUAAAACACAGAGCUCAAAGAAUCUGAGUGAACAUAUUGUUGACGACUGUAGCCACUACUUUGGUUAGAAAAAUGACAAGUAUCUAUGUCUGGAGUGUUUUUCUGCCUGUGACAACAGUAGUACAUGGAGGCAUUUGAAAAGGAAGUUUUACCUGAGAACCAUAAGGGCACUCCCAGGCGUUUCCUUUUCUUCCUCGCUUCCCAUUCAAAGGAGUGCAAAACAGAAUGUGAAUUUAUAAUGGCUUAACUUGGGAUGCCCAUGGGGGUGCAUUACUUUUCCUUCCUUACUGUGUUUCCUAAAAGUAAAAUUGCAAGAAGCUAUAACAUGUUGCAGACAGUAUAAGGCUUCAGCCAAGAGCCUCUUUUAGAUAUGAAAAUGAAUUCUGGGAAAGAGGAAAUGAAAAUGAAUUAUGAGUAAGUGUGUUGGAUUUGGAGAUUUGGUAUUUUCCAGGGAGAAAACCAUGCCAGUUUUCCUGUAGUGGCAAUGGUGUGCUGCUGUCCUGAGCCUAUUUCUAUGGAAGCAUUCUGUGGAAUGUCACAUUACAAUAUGAAGUCACAGAGCCCCAACAGGAACAGGAGGCAGUGUAGUUAUUUAUCUCAUUAUAUACGGUACAAGUUCAAUAACAUCAUGGCUUUAUUUUACUAUAAUUUAUUGUGAAACCUCUUGUAGGCCAACCUGUGUUGAUUCAAUGCUGGGGAUUUUAAGGAAAAUAUGGAGAAUAAUAUGUACAUGGGAAAGACUUUAACACAAGAUGAUUCUCAAGUAUAAUAUUCAUUACAAUGUGAAAUCUAACUACACUGUUAAGAAUUCAAGAUGAAAAAAAAAGCACAGAAGUUUAAAAAAAACAGUUGUAUUUAGCAGUGGGUUUUAUAACACACGCUAGAAUGGUUAGUUCCUAAUGUCCUAAAGUAGUUUAUAGUGCUGUGUUUAUUAAACCGGAUUACGGCUAUAACACACUGAUCAUGUUUUCUAUGAUAUUUUCAUGGUAGCACCUCUGCUGAAUUAUCAUCGGCCACAGUAGAAUAUUUGCAAUAGCUUUAAUUUAAGAAUACUUUAAAAUUAAGUGAACAAAAUAAAUAUUAAUGUUGGAUGACUACAGACGAAACAGGUUUAACAGGAAAUCAAGGCAGCAUCAUUAAAAAGCAACCAUUCUGAAUAAAAUAACCAUCUAAAAACAAA